CAAUCGAAUUUGUAUGCAACGCAUCGUAAAAAUACUUCGGAAAGUGGCACGAAAUUACUAAAUUUUCCCCUCAAUUGUAGCUGUUUUCUAUGGUAUGCCGGUUGAAUCGGAUUCUAUAAUUUCAAAACAGAGACCGAAAAUACACAAGAGAGAGAAAAAUACGUAAGAGAGAGUAAGAGAGAGAGAGUAAUCAGUAUAUGCAUUGUGUUAAUAAACGCAGCUCUCAGUGCGCGAUGAAUCUGCUCCAUUUCGUCAAUGCGGGAUCGAUUUGAUUGAGUUUUCUCCGACGCCCAAUUUCGUUGUUUUUCCGGUUCAAAAUUCCGUUGGUUUUCAGGAGCGGUGGUAAUUCUGUUGAAGCGGUGGUGCCAUCCCCGCGGCCAUGACUACCGGCGACGAGGACGAAAUUCACCAUGACCUCGAGAGCGGCGCCCCACCCGACGCGCCGGAGGAUGAGGUCGGAUCAGCCGUAGAUGAAGAGUUUUCCGACCCUUUCGACAUCGGGAACACCAAAAAUGCCUCUCAUAAUUUGCUGAAGCGUUGGAGGCAAGCAGCUCUUGUGCUUAAUGCUUCUCGUCGCUUUCGCUACACAUUAGACUUGAAAAAGGAUGAAGAGCAAGAAAAGAGACGACGAAUGAUUAGAGCUCAUGCUCAAGUCAUAAGGGCUGCAUUGCUAUUCAAAUUGGCUGGACAGCGAGCCAUAGUGUUAGGCACAGCAGUGAUUCCUCCAUCUCCAUCUGGGCCUUAUGGAAUUUCACCCGAACAGCUUUCUUCAAUGAACAGGGAUCAUAAUAUUGCUGCAUUCCAACAAUAUGGAGGGGUUAAAGGCAUAUCAGCUAUGCUACGAACAGACCAUGAAACAGGGAUUUCUGGUGAUGAUAAUGAGUUUGCACAGAGAAGAGAUGCCUUUGGUUCAAACACUUAUCCUGUGAAGAAGGGGAGAACUUUCUGGAUGUUCCUAUGGGAGGCCUGGCAGGAUACAACUCUCAUAAUUCUAAUAAUAGCUGCUAUCGCAUCUUUGGGUCUCGGAAUAAAAACUGAGGGCCUUUCAGAAGGAUGGUAUGAUGGAGGAAGCAUCACCUUUGCGGUUCUUCUGGUCAUUAUUGUUACGGCAACUAGUGAUUACAGGCAGUCCCUCCAGUUUCAAAAUUUAAAUGAGGAAAAGCGAAAUAUUCAAGUGGAGGUUAUCAGAGGAGGUCGGAGAGAGAAGGUUUCCAUAUAUGACAUUGUGGUUGGGGACGUCGUACCUCUCAAAAUAGGAGAUCAGGUCACAAAUGAUUUGAUUGAAUUGUUUUAUCCUUCGUUAUCUAAAAGUUUCUUGGCAUACUAUAUACAGGUUCCUGCUGAUGGGUUAGUUACGACUUCCCAUUCUCUUGCCAUCGAUGAAUCCAGCAUGACUGGAGAAAGCAAGAUUAUUCAAAAAGACCAAAAAUCACCGUUUUUGAUGUCAGGUUGCAAGGUCGCAGAUGGUGCUGGAAUUAUGCUGGUAACUGGUGUUGGAAUCAACACUGAAUGGGGAUUGUUGAUGGCUAGUAUAUCAGAAGAUAAUGGCGAAGAAACUCCUCUACAGGUGCGUCUGAAUGGUGUUACGACUUUUAUCGGCAUUGUUGGGCUCACUGUAGCUUUUUCUGUCCUCAUUGUACUAUUGGCUAGAUAUUUCACUGGGACUUCGAAAAAUCCUGAUGGAACUGUUCAGUUUGUUCGUGGGCAGACCAGUAUCGGCCACACAAUUGAUGGAGUUAUACAUAUUAUUACUGCUGCAGUAACAAUAGUAGUCGUUGCGGUCCCAGAAGGGCUUCCUUUGGCCGUAACCUUGACCCUUGCAUACUCCAUGAAGAAGAUGAUGGCUGACAAGGCUUUGGUGCGCAGGCUCUCGGCCUGUGAAACUAUGGGAUCUGCAACGACCAUUUGCAGUGAUAAGACUGGAACUUUGACACUGAAUCAGAUGACCGUAGUUGAGGCUUAUGUCGGGAAAAAGAAAAUUGAUCCUCCUGAAGAUGGUUCCCAGUUGCCCCCAUCAGUUUCCUCUCUGCUCGAUGAGGGACUAGCUCAGAACACUUCUGGCAGCGUAUUCUUAUCUAAGGAUGGUGAAAUUGAGGUGUCUGGAUCUCCAACUGAAAAAGCCAUUCUUCAGUGGGGUGUCAAGCUCGGAAUGAAGUUUGACAUUGUGAGAUCUGAAUCCAUAGUUCUCCAUGUCUCUCCUUUUAAUUCUACCAAAAAGCGAGGGGGUGUUGCAGUUAGAGGGCGGACUGGAUCCAAAGUUCAUGUGCAUUGGAAGGGAGCCGCCGAGAUUAUCUUAGCUUCAUGUUCACAGUACAAUGAUAUAAGUGGUUCUGUGCAGCCAAUAGAUAAUGAUAUGGAUUUUCUUAAAGAUGCUAUUAAUAACAUGGCUGAAAAAAGCUUGAGGUGUGUUGCUGUUGCUUACAAAACAUUUGAAGCAGAUGCAGUUCCAACGGAUCAAGAACAGCUGGCACAGUGGACUUUACCAGAAGAUGAUCUUGUUUUGCUGGCUAUCAUUGGUAUUAAGGAUCCGUGUCGUCCAGGUGUCAGAGAAGCAGUGGAACUAUGCACACAUGCUGGUGUUAAGGUGCGUAUGGUAACUGGAGACAAUAUUCAGACAGCAAAAGCAAUUGCUCAGGAGUGUAGCAUCCUUUCAUCGAAUGCAGACACUGGUGAACCCUACGUUAUGGAAGGGAAGAGAUUCCGCGAGUUGUCUGAGAAAGAUAGAGAACAAGCUGCAAACUUGAUUUUGGUUAUGGGAAGGUCUUCUCCGACUGACAAGCUUUUGCUUGUUCAGACACUGCGUAAACAAGGGGAAGUCGUUGCUGUAACAGGAGAUGGAACUAAUGAUGCCCCUGCACUCAAUGAGGCUGAUAUAGGUCUUUCCAUGGGUAUACAAGGAACUGAAGUGGCAAAAGAAAGCUCAGACAUCAUUAUCUUGGACGAUAAUUUUGCUUCGGUUGUAAAGGUUGUUCGAUGGGGACGUUCUGUAUAUGCAAAUAUCCAAAAAUUUAUCCAGUUCCAGCUCACUGUUAAUGUUGCAGCUUUGACAAUAAACGUCGUUGCUGCAGUUUCUUCGGGUGAUGUUCCUUUGAAUACAGUGCAGCUUCUCUGGGUUAACCUCAUCAUGGACACUCUGGGAGCUUUGGCACUGGCGACUGAACCACCAACUGAUCAUCUUAUGGAUAGAUCUCCAGUUGGACGUAGGGAAUCACUAGUAACAAAUAUUAUGUGGAGGAACUUGAUUAUCCAGGCUAUAUAUCAAGUAGCAGUACUCCUUGUUCUCAACUUCUGUGGGUUGAGUCUUCUCAAAUUGAAGAAUGACAACGACAUAGAGCAUGCUAACAUGGUGAAAAACACUGUGGUAUUCAACACGUUCGUUCUCUGUCAAAUUUUCAACGAGUUCAAUGCUCGGAAGCCAGACGAACUCAAUGUCUUCACCGGUGUGACCAAAAACCACCUCUUCACUGGAAUAGUUGGAUCUACAUUUAUACUACAAAUAAUCAUCAUCAAUUUCCUUGGGAAGUUCACCUCAACUGUGAGGCUUAAUUUCCCACAGUGGUUGAUAUGUUUUAUUAUAGGCAUCAUCAGCUGGCCUCUGGCUGUAGCUGGUAAAUUUAUCCCGGUUCCGAAAACGCCCCUAGGGAAGGUCUUCAUCAAGCCAUAUCAACGGUGCAUUGCUGCUCGUGAUGCACGCACCUAACAGCACCUAAUAUCAUCAUAUCUUUUCUUGAUUCAUAAAGAUCCCUCACCCAUAUUUCUUUGAAUUUAUGGUGAGUGCGAUCACCAGCUGCAACGUUACAAAACCGACACAUUAUAUUGUGCUACUUUCAAAUAAGUGUACUGUGGCAUGCUGGCUAAGCGAAUCUCGAUUUAUUGAUAUUCUAUUUAAUGGCAAUAUAUAUUCCAU